AUUUUCCAAAGGUAUUCCUCAACCUCGCCAUAAUUUCUGAGCAAAAAUAAAUAAUUCAUGGAAAUGAUUGUUAAUUUUUAAAUUCAUACGAAGCAUAUGCUUAAAGUUAAGAGAUUAAUCUAAAAAUAAAUUUUUCUAAAGCCCCUGAAGAAGUAGACUAGAUGGGAAGAAGAGCGGGAUUUGGUGUUUUAUCACAAAUACCUAAUCACAAUGUGCUCUAAAGAAAGAGAGAGAGAUAGAUAGAUAGAUAGAGAGAAAGAGAGAGAAAGAAAUUUCAGAGCAAUUGCGUAUGCGAAAAUGGAGAAAAACAGCUGAUCGAUUGAACGCCGCCGCGCACGCUGCCUCGAGAAUUUGCUGCGGGCAUCGUUUUUUCUGGGCAUCCUCAAUACUCAGUGAAUAUAGUCCAAGAGCUUUAGUUUUAUGAAAAGGAAUUGAUUGAUUUUUUUGUAGUUCAUAAGAAUAUAAAAUAAAGAAGUAUGGAGACCGAACUUUUACAAAGUUUGGAGGAUGUUGGCUUUGCCGGCCCUGUUCUCGAACCUGCAAGAUUUCAUCAAGCUCUCCAAAGGGGUCCGAAUUCGCCAGACUUUACGAAUCUCGUAUCAUGGUUGACUGAUCAAAUUGGUUUCUUUGGAAAAAUCGACGAGUCUGUGCACCCCACGUCAACUCCAGAAGAUGCCAGUACUUUUAUGUUAGAGCUAAGUAUAUUUCUAAAGGAGCUAGGAUGUGUAAACACAAAGUUAACUACUGGCAAUGUGAAUCAUAGAUUAGCCAGUAUGGAAGACAAAAGUAUUCUUUUAGAUUAUUUAAUAAGUGAACUCAUGGCAAAUAAAAUGUUAGAAACCAAAAAGCCAGAGGAUAAUAAAGCUUUAGAGAUUACCAUAAGUGAAAGUAUAACAGCUAGAAAUUUAAGAGAAAUGUUGACAGCUUUACGGUUUCAAAAGCCACCAGACAACAUUGCUCCUGAUUUACUUUUUAAGAAACUUGAAGCAAAAAUUGUUGAAAUCUUGAAGCAAGUUCCUAAAGAACUUAUAGGAAAACCCAUGUUUUUUGGUGAGUUAAGCAAUGAACAAUGGCAGAAGUUAGACAAAGUUCAAGGUGAUCUUAAUGAAGAAUACACAAUAAGAAGAGAGAUGUUGUUGAAGCGAUUGGAUGUAACAGUUCAAUCUUUUUCGUGGUCGGAAAGGAUCAGGCCAAAAGAAGAUGAAUUAAAUAGGUGUUAUCAUGUUAAAAGGGAUGCUAUGCAACGUCAACCAGAUGUAACACUUGCUCAUUUGUUGUCAGCCAGAGAUGAUCUAGCAGUUAUUGAAAAAACAAGCAAUGCAUCAGUACGAAAGAAUACUCGAAGUUCUAUAAAUAAAGUGAUUAUUGGAGCUGUACCAGACAGAGGAGGACGACCAUGUGAACAAGAACCUCCUCCACCUGAAAUGCCAUCGUGGCAGAAAGAUAGAGUGCAGGGACCACAAAGAGGCGGGUUCGCUGGAGGUGGCCGUGGCGGUGGUGGCGGUGGUGGAAGAGGCGGUGGUCGUGGAGGAAAUCAAGGAGGAGGCGGCGGUGGAUAUCGUGAUAACAAAUCUACUGCAAAUAAUUUUGGCCAAAAUUUUGACUCGCAAAAACAAUUUUCGAAUUAUGGUAACCAAGGCGGUGGUUAUGACAACAAAAAUCCAUCGUACACUAAUCAAAGCUCUGGCUAUAGCAACAACCAAGGCUCUAGUUACGGAAAUAAAAGCUAUAAUAAUCAAUCUAGUUACGGAAAUAAUCAAAGCUCAUCGGGGUACAGUGGACAGAGUUCCGGCUACAGCGGAUCAUCUAGCUACAGUAAUCAAGGUUCAUACAAUAAUCAGACUUCUUAUGGAAGUCAGAGCUCUGGAUAUGGAGGUCAGAGUGGGUACAGUAGCCAAGGCUCUAAUUAUGGAAAUCAAGGAUCCAAUUACGGCAAUCAAGGAGGUUACGAUAGGAAAAGCGGAGGAGGAGAUUACCAGAAAAGAGGUCAAGGUCGGGGCGGUCGAGUCCAAGGAGGCUGGAAUCAAGGAAGCGGUAGUGGGGGUGGUUACAACAAUCGCAACCAAGGUCAAGGAGGACGAAGAUAUUAGAAAUCUUCAUUUAAUGUCCAUUCUAAUCUUUCUUCGAAAUAAUUAUUACAUUUUUCAAAUUUCAUUGUUUUUUACUGAGUAAAAAAUUAAUUUAUAAUUUACAAAGCAUUUCCAUCUAAUCAUUUAUUUAAUAUGAAAACGUAUGGAAAAAAAUAUAGAUCAUUGAAAAAUUUCGUAUGUAGAGUGUAUGUUUGUAACACCAUCAUGUAUGCAAGACUCACACAGCUUUGAAUGAAAUAUUUA